AUGGCACCUGGAAGGCAGGGUUCAACAAAUGGGAGCGACAUUAGUCCUCGCGCAAUUGAUGUCGAGGCUCAGACAUGCAGUGAAACCUUCAGACUAGAGCCAUUCCCUUCUGCAUCGCCUAGCUCCGCCAGAACCCCUCUCGGACUCGAAACCCAAGGUAGCAUUAGAAGACGCAGCCGACGCUCUACCACCGCCCGCCCCUAUUAUCCCGAGAUACACUCCCCUAAUUGGCACCCUGGUGAAGAGCCCGGAAUCGACCCCGCAGAUCCCAGCCUUCCUACUUCCUUCGCAGAUGAGGGGACUUUGCUACAAGAACAAUUAUAUCAACCAUGUGAUAUCACCGUUGUGGAUUUCUCUCAGGAUGCUAUGCGUAUGUAUCACUUAGAUAAUGCAACGCUGGUGCCCUUCCUUGAGAGGGAGAGGGAGCCAUGGGUUCAGUGCCGUUGGAUCAAUGUCAAUGGAUUAAGCUGGGAUGUCGUCAGGUUGCUGGCAAACCAUAAACGCCUUCACAGGCUGGCAGUGGAAGACCUUAUGCACUCUGUCAAUCGCACAAAGGUCGACUGGUUUUCUGAUCAUACUUUCAUUGUUUUAGCAAUGCAAAAGUUGAUCAAGCAGAGUUCUGACAGCAGUCCCGAAGAUUCAGAGGAUGAGAGCGAAUCUGAAGAUGAUGAAAGAACACAAGAAACAGAUGACUCAAAACCACCCAGUCGCCAUUCUAAAAAGAAACGGGGAAUUAUAAUGACGGCACUCAUGGAUCUAUUUGUACCCAAAUAUCAGCAGCGACGCCCGAAGCUCAAUGGUUCAAAACGGUCGCCUAUGGAUCAGAAACAGGAAGUGCCGGCUAAUCAGCCUCGAGCUAUCCGAUCUUUACAACGUUUUAGAGGGGGCCCGAAUGAGGACCGUAUUGAUUUUAUGGAACGCCAUGCAGUACUUAGUCCUAAAGGUCUCAGUGUCGGCAUUGAACAAGUCUCUAUUUUCCUCCACUCGGAUAAUUCCGUGACGUCAUUCUUUGAGGCUAGCGCAGACGAUAUUGAAACUCCAAUAAUCCAGCGAUUAAGAGCUGCCGGUACCAUUCUACGACAGAGCUGUGAUGCAAGCAUGAUCUUACAAGCUAUAAUUGAUGCCAUCACCGACCUGGCUAUUCCUGUGACAAUGGCUUACCAGGACGCGAUUGGAGACCUAGAGGUCCAGGUUCUCACCGAUCCAGAUAUCAAACAGUCGAGUAGCCUGUACAUUCUUACCUCCGAAAUUUCCGUACUUCGAAACGCGAUUCAACCGAUCAUCGGGGUCAUCAACUCUCUAAGGGAUCAUAAGCCAGAUCCUAACAGCCGGCCCCAAUUAGGCCUUAAAACAGCAUCAUUCCCAUGUUUACAUACCAGCAGCUCAGACUCGGCACCGAGUUCUCGGGUUGCCUCAAACCCAGAGACUGAAGGGGUUAGAAUGCCUUCAGCUGUAACCAUCAGCCCUAUGUGUCAAACUUACCUCGGUGAUGUCCUUGAUCACUGUAUUACAAUUAAUGAGGGCUAUGAUCAGAUGCGACGCUCAGCAGACAAUAUGAUUGACUUGAUAUUCAACACAAUUGGAGCCUAUCAGAACGAAAGUAUAACGCAGCUAUCGUUGGUAACUUGCAUGUUUCUACCACUGACUUUCCUUUCAGGAUACUUUGGAAUGAAUUUCAAGUCUUUCUCAAGCAUUCAGGAAUAUAGUGAUGCGCGUGAAGUGAUAAAACGCUACUUGAUGAAGCUUGCGAACAAACGAUUGAUUUGGAGCUCCAGGCGGCGACGAAGGCCUGUGAGGCAGCGACUACAUACCAGUUGA